UCGAAAUUCGCAAGAACUUUAUCUCCCACGACCAUCUCACUACUAACCAGGGCAGGGUAAAAAACACGUCCAAGCCGCCAAAAUGGGUGCCCUCAAGUACGUCGAAGAGCUUCAGAAGAAGAAGCAGUCCGAUGUUCUGCGAUUCCUCCUCCGAGUCCGAUGCUGGGAACUCCGUCAAUUGAAUGUCAUCCACCGUGCCUCCCGGCCUUCCCGCCCCGACAAGGCCCGCCGCCUGGGAUACAAGGCCAAGCAGGGCUACGUUGUCUACCGCGUUAGAGUCCGCCGUGGUGGCCGCAAGAAGCCCGUCCCCAAGGGUGCCACUUAUGGCAAGCCCACCAACCACGGUGUCAACCAGCUGAAGUACCGCCGAUCCCUCCGCGCCACCGCCGAGGAGCGUGUCGGCCGCCGGUGCUCCAACCUCCGCGUGCUCAACUCGUACUGGGUUAACCAGGACUCGACCUACAAGUACUACGAGGUUAUCCUGGUCGACCCCCAGCACAAGGCCAUCCGCCGCGACCCGCGCAUCAACUGGAUCGUCAACCCGGUGCAUAAGCACCGCGAGGCCCGCGGCCUCACCGCCACCGGCAAGCGCUCCCGCGGCCUCAACAAGGGCCACCGCUACAACAAGACCCAGGCCGGCCGCAGAAAGACCUGGAAGCGCCACAACACCCUCUCGCUCUGGCGCUACCGGUAGACGCCGUAACAACGGUGGUGGUGGUGACCGGGGUUUGGUUCUUCUGGUGGUUCUGGGCUGGGGCUGCUUUGCGAAGGAUGAUGGACUGGGCUAUGAUAAGCUUUGCGAUGGAUUCCCCGCACACCUACUGCCCUUGGACGGACGGACGUUGGCAUGGGAGUUUCGUGAUAGCAUAAAACAAUCAAAAUGCAAAAUGCAAAAUGGACAAGGAAGUCCGUUUCUACUA